AUGUUAGAUUGGAAAGGACUUUUAAAAUGGAGUUUAAGCAAUACAGAUGGAACCUAAAAAAAGGAUAUUAAGCCUAUGGAAGAAAAAACUAAAUAAUGGCUACAAGAAGCAUUAGCUGAUUAUGCUUUAUAAGAUAUUAAAGUAAUCUAAGAAAUACUAUAAGAAUUAGCAAAAGAAGAAUUAAAUAAUAAUGAUGAUGAAGAAAAGAGAAUAAAUUUAUUAGAAAGAUUAGAAGAUAUAUUAGAUUCUUUAGAUAUGGCAGACUCACUUUAUCAAAUAGGAGGUUUAGUUUAAAUGAUAAAAUUAGCCCAAACGAGUAUGUACCCAAAAGUAUAAUGCCUAUGUUUUAGCAUAUUUAUAACCUGUAACUAAAAUAAUUCAUAUGUAUAAUAAUGGUCAAUAUAUGAAGGAGCCUUCAAUUUCAUAAAUACAAUACUAAACUCAAAAAAUAUAAAAGUUAAAGAAAUGGCACUUUCGGCUUUAAGUAGUCUAUGUAGAGGUGAAAAUUUAUAAUCAAAAAGAGAUUUCAUAGAUAUUGAUGGGGUUGAGUUUUUAGUAAAAAUAAUAAAUGAAAAGGAAAGCUUUUCUUAAAGAAUGAAAAAUAAAGCAUUUUUAUUUUUAAAAGAUUUAGUUUUUUAUGAUGAUAGACUUCAUUUUACAUAUAAUAAUUUGGAUGCUUUUGCUAAUACAAAUGCCAAAGUUACAAAAACAUUAAACAAUGAAAGUGUGAAAGUUAAUAAUCAAAGUAAAAAUAAUGAUAUUACUUUUGAUUAAAAUUAGGAAUUAAAAAAAUAAAAUGAAGACCCUAAAAAUAAAAAAUAUAGAAAUAUUGUCAAAAAUAAAUUAAUUUAAAUGAACUUUAUUUAGAUUCAUAUUAAUCUUUUACAUGAUUUUUCGGAUAUAGAAUAAGAUAAUAGAGUUAAUUAUUUAGAUAUUUUAAAAAAUGUAGUUAUUUUUUCUAAUGAAAUUAAACAAUUAAUUAAAGAAACUAAAAAAGAUGCCUUGAAAAAAAAUAUGCUCGAUGUUAUGAAACUUGAUUAAUAAGAUAAAGGAAGCAAUGAUUUUGAAAUAUAAUUAUAUAAAGAAAUACUAAAUGAAAUAUAAUGAGUUAUAAUUUAUUAUUUUUAGACUAUGUUUAUUAUUUAUUUUUAGUAAAAAUUAUAUUUAUUUUUGGAUACAGUUUUU